CGUCCAAUAAGAAGCUAUAAUAUUCGUUGCAAACUGUUUUACCGUUAAAACGUUUUGCUACGACAUGGAUUAAUGAAUACACCCCGGGGUGACAACGCCGAUGACUUCCUAUGAACAUGGCCGCUCAAGAUGAACUCAAUCAACUGGAGCGAGUUUUCUUGCGUUUGGGCCAUGCAGAGACUGAUGACCAACUCCAGGACAUUAUAUCCAAGUUCCUGCCUCCGGUCCUCCUCAAACUGUCCAGCGUCCAGGAGGGAGUCAGGAAGAAGGUGAUGGAGCUCCUGGUCCACCUGAACAAGAGGAUAAAGAGCAGACCGUUGAUCCAGCUACCAGUAGAGACCCUCCUGGUUCAGUACCAGGACCCCGCCGCAGCGUCCUUUGUUACGAAUUUCACCAUCAUUUACAUCAAGAUGGGUUACCCUCGACUGGAGGUGGAGAAACGGUGUGAGCUGGCACCUACUCUGCUGACUGCUAUGGAGGGCAAGCCUGAGCCCCAACAGGAUAGCUUGAUGCAUCUCCUGAUCCCGUCCUUGUAUCACAUGAAGUACCCAAAGGACUCUUCCAACACUUCCAAGAUGGCCUCUCCCUUCAUCCUGAUGGAGAAACCCAAGACGGUUCAGUUACUGCUGGAGUUCAUGUUGGACGUACUGCUGAUGCCCUACGGGUUUGUCCUGAACGAGCCUCCCACUCGCCCAGCUCCCUCGUCCCCUCAGGGUAGCUCUGGGGCAGCGGCGGCCGGACCGGGCCUCCCCCAGCCGCCUCCAGGGAUGAGCGUCUACGCUGCCAAGAGGGUCAUCGGAGAGGCCCAGUGGAGCCCAGAGCAGCUGGAACAGUGUAAACUCGGCAUAGUGAAGUUCAUCGAGGCAGAACAGGUACCGGAGGUGGAGACGGUCAUACACCUGGUGGUUGCCUCUAGCGACACAAGACACGGCGUUGCCACGGCCGCGGACCUGGAGCUCAAGAGCAAGCAGAGUAUCAUCGACUGGAACAACCCCCUGAUCGUCAACAGGAUGUACAAGGUCUACCUGGGAGACAUCCCCCUCAAAACUAAGGGGGCCAGUCUGAAGAGGGAGCUGAAACAUGAGCCGGUCAGCACCAGAGUCAAGAUGAAGAUCCUACCACAUCUCUUACGCUCACGCCUCGCGGCUGAGUGCUUCCCGGCUAACAUACAGGUGGUGUACGACGGUCUGUUUGGCGCCAACACCAACAACAAGCUGCUCUCUCUUACGCUUCAGUUUGUUCACCACAUCUGUCAGGUAUGUCCUGACACCAACAAACCACUGGGUCUGAUGCUGCUGAAUGGCCUCACCAAGCUCAUCAACGAGUACAAGGAGGAUCCUAAGUUGCUGUGUAUGGCCUACUCUGCUGUGGGGAAACUGUCCAGCCGGAUGCCCCAACUCUUCACCAAAGAUAUCGCUCUGGUCCAGCAGUUCUUUGAGGCCAUGUGCAAGGAGGAGCCUGAUGUCCGUCUAGCCAUCCAGGAGGCUCUGUCUAUGAUGGUGGGAGCCUACGCUAACCUACAGGGGGCGCUACUGAACCUGAUGGAAGCCCUGGUGGCAGCUUACAUGGGCAAGCCUGAGGUGCAGGUGCGUCAGGUGGCAAUGAAGUACGCCAGCACGGUAUUCGCUCCUGAUCACGUGCCCUCCAGAUACUUGCUCCUAUUGGCAGCUGGGGACCCGAGAGAAGAGGUAUGCAGCGAGGCCCAGCGUGUCCUGAGGGCUCUGCCUGCUAAGAACUCUGAGAAAGAGGGCUGUAAACCCAUGCCCUCAUUCCCUGACAUGGUGGCCUAUAUACAGGAGAAGGCUGCUCAGAGGAUGAAGACGCCGGCUAAGUACACCGUGGGGACGUACACGCUCCCCUUCAACCCUUCUGCGUUUGGAGAGAUCGUGCUGUACCUGCGGAUGUGUCUGGCCCACAGUGCCGGGGCCACGCCCGUCUCCAAGAGCCUGGCGGACAUGCAGGACGACGCGCCUGCCAUCGGACGCUACACGCUCGCCCUGCUCUCCAACGAACCCCUGACCUCCCCGUCCUCCACUGGAACCAAGGGGGCAGAGGUCAACCCUGUGCAGGUCUACAUGGAGCUACUGCAGCAGCUGCUGUCUGCUGUAGGAGGAGUCCCUGUGAUGUACUGUCUUCUGGAGGUGGUGUCUGUCUGUCCUGACAACCUGGCCCCCAUGUUUAUCCACAAGAUCGACUGGAUCAAGAGUCUAAUGAACACCAACAAGGAGGACCUAAGGGAGCUAGCAGCUCAGCUCUACGCUGUGGUGGUGUCCACCAUGUCAGGAAACGAGCUGAAGACUGCCGUUCAGACGCUCAUCAAGAUCACUAAAGAUACACACAGCCCCGAGACCCAGCACGGAGCCAUCAUGGCGCUGGGCUACAUGGUGGCCAGGUACAUGAGCAAGAGGAAGUCCUUCGCUAACGGAGACUCCGCCCUCAACCGGGAACAGAGGAUGAACGACACGCCCAAGGAGGACGAGGAGCUGGUCGCUAUAGCAACCAAAGCCAUCGGCUCUUUCCUAGACAGUGGUUCCCCUCUGCUGGCUGUCGCUGCCUGUACGGCCCUCGGGGAGAUCGGGAGGAACGGGCCUCUGCUCAUCCCUUCAGAAGGAGAGGGAUUCACCAAACUAGCCGUGGUGGAGAAGAUGCUGGCUCGCAUCCCCUCUGGGAAAGAGACCCUCAAGAUGAAGGAGAGAGCCAUCCAGACUCUGGGUUAUCUACCGGUGGGAGAUGGAGACUUUGCCCACCAGAAGAAGCUGCUGCAGGGGCUCAUGGACUCUGUGGAGGCCAAACAGGUAGAACUACAGUUUACAGUAGGUGAGGCCAUCACCAGUGCUGCUAUAGGGACCAGUUCUGGAGCUGCCAGGGACCCCUGGACCUGUACUGAGGAACAAUACAGUCCCCCAGACAAUGUGGAGAGUAACGAUGUGGUUCCGUGGGUGCUGAACUCUAUCCUGGCUAAGUACAUCCCAAGUCAAAACCCCCACGUCAGACAGGCUGCCUGUAUAUGGCUGCUCUCUCUGGUGAAGAAGCUGCACCAGCACAAAGAGAUCAGGUCUCACCUGAAGGAGAUCCAGACGGCUUUCAUCUCCAUCCUGUCAGACCCUGAUGAGUUGAGUCAGGACGUGGCAUCUAAAGGUCUUGGUCUAGUCUAUGAGAUGGGAGGAGAGGGAGACCAGCAGGAACUGGUGUCUACACUGGUCGAAACACUGAUGACUGGCAAGAGGGUGAAGCAUGCCGUGUCCGAGGACACAGAGGUGUUCCAGGGAGAGGCUCUGGGGAAAGCACCGGACGGACACGGACUCUCCACCUACAAGGAGCUGUGCUCAUUGGCCAGUGACCUCAACCAACCGGAUCUGGUCUACAAGUUCAUGAACCUAGCCAAUCACCACGCCAUGUGGAAUUCCCGCAAGGGAGCAGCGUUUGGGUUCAACAUCAUAGCAGCGAAGGCAGGAGAGCAACUCGCCCCCUACCUGCCCCAGCUGGUACCACGUCUGUACCGAUACCAGUUUGAUCCCAACCUGGGCAUCAGGACGGCCAUGACCUCCAUCUGGGAUGCUCUGGUCACUGACAAGAACAUGGUGGAUAAGUAUCUGAAGGAGAUCCUCCAGGAUGUGAUAUCUAACCUGACCAAUAACAUCUGGAGGGCCCGGGAGUCGGCCUGCCUCGCUCUCAACGACCUCAUCCGAGGACGCAACGCCGACGACCUCAUCGACCACCUGGAGGAGAUCUGGGAGACCCUGUUCAGGGUUCUGGACGACAUCAAGGAGUCUGUCAGGAAGGCUGCUGAUAUAACCCUCAAAACACUGAGUAAGGUGUGUACUAGGAUGUGUGAGUCGUCAGGUUUAGCAGCCCAGAGGACUGUAUCUGUUCUGUUACCAACCCUCCUGGAUAAAGGCAUCGUCAGCAACGUGCCUGAGGUCCGCUCUCUCAGUAUCCAGACCCUGGUGAAGGUGUCUAAGACAGCUGGUAAUAGGUUGAAGCCCCACGCCCCUCGUCUGAUCCCAGCACUCCUGGAGGCUCUCAGUGUCCUGGAGCCACAGGUCCUCAACUACCUCAGUCUCCGAGCCACGGAGCAGGAGAAGAGUGCCAUGGAUGCUGCCAGACUCAGUGCUGCCAAGUCCUCCCCAAUGAUGGAGACCAUCAACAUGUGUCUGCAGCACCUGGAUGUGUCUGUUCUGGGGGAACUGGUCCCCAGACUCUGUGACCUACUGAAGAGUGGAGUGGGUCUGGGCACCAAGGGUGGUUGUGCCAGUGUGAUCGUGUCCCUCACCGUCCAGUGUCCCCAGGACCUCACCCCCUACUCAGGUAAACUGAUGAGUGCCCUACUGAAUGGGAUUCAUGACCGUAGCAGUGUGGUCCAGAAAGCCUUCUCCUUCGCUCUGGGACAUCUAGUCAGGACAGCGAAGGACAGCAGUGUAGAGAAACUCCUACUGAAACUCAACACCUGGUACCUGGAGAAAGAAGAGCCGGUGUACAGGUCGUCGUGCGCCCUGACGGUCCACGCUAUCAGCCACUACAGCCCUGAUGUCCUGAAGGGGCACGCGGUGGGAGCGUUGCCGCUAGCCUUCUUGGGGAUGCACCAGGCGCCGGGACCGGACGAGGAGAAGGGAGAGAGCCACGACGCCACGCUGUGGAGCGAAGUCUGGCAGGAACACGUACCAGGAAGCUUUGGGGGCAUCCGCCUCUACAUGACGGAGCUGAUCGACAUUACCCAGAAGGCCUUGCAGUCCCAGUCGUGGAAGAUGAAGGCCCAGGGCGCGGCUGCCAUGGCGUCCAUCGCUAAGCAACAGACUGGUUCUCUGGUCGCCCCUCACCUGGGUAUGGUGUUGUCCGCUCUACUGCAGGGACUGGUUGGACGCACCUGGACUGGAAAGGAGGAGCUGUUGAACGCCAUCGGCUCUGUGGUGUCUAAGUGCAGUGGUGAACUCCAGAAGUCCUCCCCGGGCCAGCCCAGUGUACCAGAGGUGAUAGAUCUGGUGUUGAAGGAGUGUCGUAAAGACAACCUGGUCUACAAGAUGGCUGCCCUGGGCUGUGCUGCUGAUGUCCUGCAGGCCACACAGGAAGACCGCUUCAGUGACAUGGCAGACAUACUCAUACCACUCAUUAAGAAGAACUCUGCGGCAACUUCGAGGUUGAGACAUGAUAGUGAUGACGAUCGGGAUGAGAAGGAGAAGGAGCUGCAGACUGAAGCUCUACUCUGUGCCUUCCAGACGCUGGGCAAGACCUGGCCCAACAACGCACAAACCCAGGGUAAGGUUCUGACGGGCCCAACGGCGGCACAAACCCAGGGUAAGGUUCUGACUGGCCCAACGCCGGCACAAACCCAGGGUAAGGUUCUGACUGGCCCAACGACGGCACAAACCCAGGAGCGUUUCCAGUUGGACCUGUGCUGUCUGAUGUGUGAGAGGUUGAAACUCAGUACAUGGAGGGUCCAGGUGGGGGUGCUACAGUCUAUGAAGACAUACUUCCAGAGGUUGCUACUGUUGGAGAAAGAGAAAGACAACCAGAACUUCACAGCCUUGUCCCUUAUUCUCACUGAGACAUGCAGCGCUCUCACACACCCACUAGAGAAUAAGAGUUACUCCUCUGUGAGGACCGAAGCGUUGUCUGUUGUGGAACUACUGGUGAAGAGGACAGGAGAGAGCGGUCAGUGGGAGUGUGUCUCGGGAAAGAGUCGCGAACAGCUGCAACGUUCACUGUCCACCCUGCAGACAGACAGCAGACCUGACCUCCGAGACAAGGCCCAGGAACUACGGAGGAACAUCCAGAGUCAACUCUGAACACACACACACACACACACCUACCAAGUCAACCCUGAACACACACCUACCAAGGCAACCCUGAAUACACCCCCCAGAUCUCUGUGUGGACAGGCGUGAUUAUAAUGUGUAUUGUGUCAAUGGGAGGACGGCUGGCUGGGUCAUUUCUAAUAGUAAACGCCAUAUCAACUCACUAUGUAAACAAACGGCACCCUAAUUCCCUAUAUAGUGCACUACUGUUGACCAGGUCCCAUAGGAUUCUCUGCUCUGAAGCAGUGCACUUUUUGUCGACCAGGGAUCAUCAACUAGAUUCAGCUGUGGGACAAUUUAUAUAUAUUUUUUUCUGGAUCAGGUGGCUAAUAAGAUCACAAUGAUUAUAAUUUGACUGAAAACUUCCAUUUUAAAAUCUUGUUUGGAUUUGUAAAGGAUCACAUGCAUCUCUUGGAGACUUUGGAAUAAACCAAACUAGAGAUGGGUUUUUUUUUUUUUACAGUCUUAACAUACUUUCUUUUUUUUUAACAAGUCCUGGGCAGUUUGGGAACCUGGAUAAAGGGAUUUUUUUAGGGAUUUGUCCUGUGUAACAGCUUCUAAACGGCUGCCUACUUCUUUCUCUCCUACAGCAGCCAGUACAGUCCACCCCUACUGAUGAAAUACAAUGGUACGUCCCACAUGGUGCCCUGAUUCUCUAAACACUACUAGUGGGAAUAAGGGGUUGCCAUUUGGGACGUAACCCAGGACGAUACUGCAACUUUAUUUAACACAUUGGUUGUCCACUCCUUGGUCCUGGAGAGCUACUGGGUGGUUGGAGGCUGUUGUUACAGCCAAUCAGCUCAUUCCACAGAGGGCUGAGUGUGUGUGGGUUGUGCCUUCUCCCUCGAUGAAUUUAAGGUCACUAAUUAGUAAGGAACUCUCCUCACCUGGUUGUCUAGGUCUUUAGUAAGGAACUCCCCUCACCUGGUUGUCUAGGUCUUUAGUAAGGAACUCCCCUCACCUGGUUGUCCAGGUCUUUAGUAAGGAACUCCCCUCACCUGGUUGUCUAGGUCUUUAGUAAGGAACUCCCCUCACCUGGUUGUCUAGGUCUUUAGUAAGGAACUCCCCUCACCUGGUUGUCUAGGUCUUUAGUAAGGAACUCCCCUCACCUGGUUGUCCAGGUCUUUAGUAAGGAACUCUCCUCACCUGGUUGUCCAGGUCUUUAGUAAGGAACUCCCCUCACCUGGUUGUCCAGGUCUUUAGUAAGGAACUCCCCUCACCUGGUUGUCCAGGUCUUUAGUAAGGAACUCUCCUCACCUGGUUGUCCAGGUCUUUAGUAAGGAACUCCCCUCACCUGGUUGUCCAGGUCUUUAGUAAGGAACUCCCCUCACCUGGUUGUCCAGGUCUUUAGUAAGGAACUCCCCUCACCUGGUUGUCCAGGUCUUUAGUAAGGAACUCCCCUCACCUGGUUGUCCAGGUCUUUAGUAAGGAACUCCCCUCACCUGGUUGUCCAGGUCUUUAGUAAGGAACUCUCCUCACCUGGUUGUCCAGGUCUUUGGUAAGGAACUCCCCUCACCUGGUUGUCCAGGUCUUUAAUUGAAAGGGGAACAACCUGUGGACAGUCGUCCAUGGAAUGAGAUGAACACCCCUGAUCUACAGGGUGAGCAGGCUUUUGUUCCAGCCCAACACUUGUUAUCACGGUUUGGACUGAAAUGGGUGCCGGAGCUCCACAAUACUGUUGAUAUUCUGUCAGAGAAACCAGUGCUCAGUUCUGGUGAACUCCAGCACUGGUCUUGAUGAUAGGUAAUGUUAACUAGUGCUGGGUUGGACCCAAAGCCUGCACCUACCUCUGGAGCUCUUCAGAACUAGAGUUGGUGACCAGUGAUGUUUCUCUGUCUGAACUUGGUAAUUACUUCUUUCUCUCCCCCAGUUUGCAUGUUCAAAAAAUAUAUUUUCAGCCACGUUGAUUAAAAACUGAACAGUGGGGGUCGGUUGGUGUGAGACGGAGGCAUGUAAUUCUUGUGAAUUUGUCUCCAAAAAUAAAUAAGUAAACUAC